CGAGAACGAGAAAGCGAGCCGGCCUAGCUGGGUUCCGUGGCUCGGCGGACUUGGCGAUGCGUCGCCUAUCGGAUGGUCGACAAUGUCAAGACAAGACAAGCCUUGCCAUGACUUUUGGAAUGCGCUGGUUUUUCUCGGCGAAGUGGGGAAGAGAAAAAAGAUGGACGAGAGGGGAAAAAAAUAAACUGGGGGAGUGUGCGUGGUCGGUUGGGAAGAUGGUUGCUAUCCAGCACUUUCGAGGUUCUCUAUCUGAGGUCUCAGGGCCUGGCUGGUGUUUGGGGGUGUAUAAACGACACGCCGAGGUUGUGGGCACGAACUCGUCAUGUCUCCCCUUUCAGGCCGAGCCACCCUUCCCGAAUGUCUGGUCCACUGAGGAUGGGCCAAAUGAUAUAUAUGGCAUAUAGAUGUGGAUUUUCUCACUUGCUUAUUCUUUCUGCUCCUUCCGUGCUACUAAUCGCUCAUUUUUCUUCUUUUUGUUCCUUCUCUCCAUAUCUUGCUGCGCAAAAUGGGACUUGAAUUCUUACCGGUUACUGAUGCCUACCAGAUCAACAGGCCGCAUCUGGCAUAUACGAUUCUUGGAGGGUUCACUUCGAUUUUCAUGUUAUGUUCUCUUUUCAUCAAGGAAAAAUUCUGUUGCGACGAUAUGUGGAAUCAUAUUCGGACCUAUUGGAGCGAAAUUGUUCGUACCGAAUGAUUGGGGUAAUGUGGAUCAGAUCACCCUGGAGUGCUCGAGAAUUGUCUUGGUUGUGCAGUGCUUUGCUGUCGGUGUUGAGUUGCCGAAGAAAUACAUGACAAGACAUUGGAAAUCGGUGCUGUUCUUGCUGGUGCCCGUCAUGACUUACGGCUGGCUCAUCACGUCGCUGUUUAUCUGGUGGAUGAUCCCGUCGUUGAGCUGGCUCGAGGCUCUCACUUGCGCCGCCUGCGUUACGGCAACGGAUCCUGUGCUUGCAUCUUCGGUCGUCGGAAAGGGAAGAUUUGCGAAGCGGAUUCCCAAGCAUCUUCGAGAUCUACUGUCGGCCGAAUCUGGAUGCAAUGACGGCAUGGCUUUCCCGUUCGUGUACCUUUCGCUUUACUUGAUAAAGUACCGACCCAACGCCGCCGAAGUUUUCGAACACUGGUUCUGUCUCACCGUCCUCUACGAGUGUGUUUUUGGCGCCAUCUACGGAGUCUGUGUGGGAUAUGUGGGACGGCACGCCAUCAAGUACGCCGAGAGAAAGAACCUGAUCGAUCGGGAGUCCUUCCUCGUGUUUUACUUUGUGCUCGCCCUUUGGUGCGCGGGAACCGGCUCUAUGCUCGGUCUCGACGAUCUCCUGGUAGGAUUCGCCGCUGGUGUCGCCUUCUCGAACGACGGUUGGUUCUCGCAACAGACCGAAGAGUCGCACGUAUCCAACGUCAUCGAUCUGCUGCUCAAUUUGGCUUUCUUUGUCUACUUUGGAUCCAUCAUUCCCUGGGCCUCGUACAACCGUCCCGACUGGGAGAUCACGCCAUGGAGACUAAUCGUUAUAGCAAUAUUUGUCAUUCUUUUCCGUCGGAUUCCCAUCAUGGUUGCGCUGAAGCCAGUCAUACCGGACAUCAAGACGUGGCGCGAAGCUCUCUUCGCCGGCCACUUUGGUCCCAUCGGUGUCGGUGCUGUGUUCGUAGCUAUCCUGGCACGUGCUGAGCUCGAGACUGGAGAGACCACACCACUGGCUGUGUUACCACCCCCGGGCAGCAAGAAUUACAUGGUCAUAGAGUUGAUCUGGCCGAUCACUACGUUCUUAAUAUUGACGUCGAUUCUCGUGCAUGGCAGUUCGAUCGCUGUGUUUACACUGGGCAAGCAUAUCAACACUAUGCGCAUCACCAUGUCGUACACCACCGCCAACGAGGAACCGAACUGGCUUUCCCGACUGCCGAGGCUCACGCCCAAGGCAUCCAUGUCGAUCCGCAAACCCGAUAUGGACGAGAGCUCAGACGAAAAGUUCCCUCACGGCACGCUUCCACCUGCCGGCGGUAUUCCCGGCGGCUUCAUAUCCCGCCCAACCAUCGACGAUGACACUCCUCUCCCCAGCCGGCCGGCUAGUAUCCGUACCCGUCGCCGUAAGAACUGGGAAGCCGGCCACGGACCUGGUGGGCCAAUCUCUGACACCGCCAUCGCUCCACGCCGCGUGCAUUCCGAGCCCAUUGAUAACAUGAACUCCGCCUCACCCACGCCUCCUCUGCAGCGACCACGAUUAACUCAGCAACAGCAGUCCAGGGAAGACUUCAAUGAGAAGCGCGUCGAGGAGUACCAAGAGGGCUCCAAUAUCAUUUUGGAAACCCCAGAGGGCGAUGUGAUCCGCAAGAUGAAGACACCCGACGCUAAAGACCACAAGCACAUCGGCCCCUUCGAUAUCCCGCACCCCCAUGAGCACCACGGCAGCACCCCUACCUAUGUUACUGACGAGCAAAGCGCGCUUGAUGCCGCACGUGCCGAAGGCCGCCACUCGCGCCGCAGACCCGCAUGGGCAUACCGCUUCGACGACAACAUUGUGGUGGAGGACGAGGACGGAGAAGUCAUUCGCCGGUAUAAGCUACCAAAGGACAAGCGACCCGGCGCAUCUUCCGGCAGCGCCGGGGGCGAGUCCAGUAGUCGCUCGACAGGAACCUGGGCCGGCUGGACACAGAAGAUGAACUUCUUCCGCAACGCCAAGCAGGCCGCAGACGAGGAAGCCGACAACGACGAUGACGACGCAAAGACUGUUUACUCCAUGGGUGGCAACGACGAGGACCGCACCAGCCGCCUGCAACAGUUCCGCAUGCACGACGAACGUGGCCGACGACUCAGCAAGCAGCAGUUCCUCCAGAAGCUGCAGAUGAUGGAUCCCCAUGCCCGUGCGGCACUGGCAAGUCCGAGCGUCAGCAUGGAUGUGGACGCUCGCGGCCUGGCGGAUCGUCUACGUGUACAGACCGGUGCGAAGGACAACUCGGCACUUCCGGAAAGACCGGUUUCCCCGCCCAGGAGUGCACCCAGGAACGCACCUAGACCCAAGGAGACGGCGACGACCGGCGACGGCAGGGAGGAGGAGACCGCUGCGGAACGACGACGACGAGAGGCGGCGCUUGGAAUCGCCGAGGAGGGGGCGAGCGACAGUGACGAGGAGGUAGGCGGACGAGGCAGACUCGAGGGUGGAGCUGGGCCCGGUAGACGGAGAGAACCUGCCGGCGGUGGUGGAGGAGGUAUCCAGUGGGGCGAGGACGUUAAGGGCAAGGGCAGGGGAGAAUAAUCGCGUUUCGUUUUUGUUCCUUUCUUUCUCUGCUU